AUGAAAAAUUCCCCUCUUCAUUCAGAGCUGUCACAUCAUCUCCAUGGUGUGUUGACUGAGCUCCACCGACGACCCUAUCCUCAUGUUCCCAAUCCUCCGUCUUGCACGAAACGAGCAUCCGUCGCGUUAAUUAUAAGGAUAAAACCAACUUACGAACAUUGGCCCAGUUUUACAUCUCUCGUUGAUCAAUCCCUGCCGAUUGAGCAACGCCUAGAUGAAUUCUUCGCUCAGCCAUGGGUUCAGCAUGGGGAUCCAGAGGUCUUGUUCAUAAAGCGCGCCUCGAGAGUUGGGGAUCGUUGGACCGGCCACGUUGCGUUACCCGGUGGGAAAAGAGAUCCAGAGGAUGUUGAUGAUCGAGCCGCGGCGAUCAGAGAAGCAUCAGAAGAGAUUGGACUAGACCUGACGACGGAAGACUGUAUCAGUAUAGGCAAUUUGCCAGAACGAGUAGUCACUACGAGUUGGGGGUCUGUGCCAUUGAUGGUGCUUUGUCCAUUUGUCUUCCUCACCACUCGCAGUGACUCUCCUACACUCCAGUUACAACCCACAGAAGUGGCAUCCACGCAUUGGAUCCCGCUGCGAGCACUCUUAUCACGAUCUCUGAGAACAGUGGAAUAUGUGGAUGUGUCACAGCGGUUUACCAAACAGGGCGGGCUAUUCACUCGCCUUGCUGUCCGAUCUCUCGUGGGCUGGAUGGAAUUCCCCGCCGUUCGACUGCUCCCAUCAGAGACAGUGCAGUGUACAUCGAUCCCAGGAUUCAUACCUGAUGAGCAUAGUGGCAGCACAUCCUUACUGCAAAGAUUCAAGUCAUGGUGUGUUAACAACAAUCAUGCAGAAUCAGGUGACGCGACUCGUCCUCUCUUGCUCUGGGGCUUAACUCUUGGUAUCUUCGCCGAUUUCUUAGAUAUGCUUCCUCCCCACACUGCCGUGCAAUUGUAUCGGUAUCCCACGUUUACAGCCCCUGAUUUACGGUUUAUUUCCGGAAUACUGACCUACCACCUGCGCAAGUAUAAUUCCAAGAAGGCAAGCAUGAGCAUUCAUAUCAGCGAUACAGCAGUAGAUGGUGAGGCGACUGUGACUACCUCCAAUGGAAGUAACCAGGCUCUCAUUGAUAAUACGCCUGGGAACUCCUACGCCUUGGGAAUCUUGCUGCACGGUUACUAUGACCGACUGAGGACGGCUAUCUGGGUAUUCCUUGCCUGGCGCAUGGCCCUUGGAUCCGCAGCAGCAGUCACUGCCUGGAGGUUCUAUAGUCGACGCUCAUGA